GUUACGCUUAGCCGAAAUAACAAGAGGAGUGAAAAGAGUUGUCUAUUUAAUCAAGUCUAGUUUUGUGUUUUCUUGAAUCUGGAUUGGGUUGUGAUCUAAUUUUCGUUCAUGUGGCAAUUUGCUAAGAUAUUAGUUUUUUUAAUAUUUUAAAAUGGCUCUUCGUAAAGUGAAAGGAAAUUUGGAAAGAAUUUUUGAUAAAAAUUUGACCGAUUUAGUUCGUGGAAUACGAAAUAAUAAAGAUAACGAAACAAAAUAUAUUGCACAAUGUAUCGAAGAAAUAAAAGAAGAAUUGCGCCAAGAAAAUAUAUCUGUCAAAUCAAAUGCAGUGGCAAAACUAACUUAUCUUCAGAUGCUCGGAUAUGACAUUAGUUGGGCAGCUUUCAACAUCAUUGAAGUAAUGAGUUCUACCAAAUUUACAUUUAAGAGGAUUGGAUACUUGGCUGCUUCUCAGAGCUUCCAUGAAGAUACUGAAGUUCUUAUGCUCACUACCAAUAUGAUAAGAAAGGAUUUAAAUAGUCAAAAUAUGUAUGAUGCUGGUACUGCUAUGAGUGGCUUUGCUUGUUUUGUAACACCAGAUCUUGCUCGAGAUCUUGCAAAUGAUGUCAUGACACUUCUAUCGUCCACUAAGCCUUAUUUGCGAAAAAAAGCUAUUUUACUUAUGUACAAAAUAUUUUUGAAGUUCCCAGAAGCAUUGCGUCCUGCCUUCCCUCGUUUAAAAGAGAAAUUAGAAGAUCCUGAUCCUGGUGUCCAGUCAGCUGCUGUUAAUGUUAUAUGUGAGCUUGCUCGAAAAAAUCCCAAGAAUUAUCUCUCCUUGGCUCCAGUGUUUUUCAAAUUGAUGACAAGUUCAACAAAUAAUUGGAUGCUAAUAAAAAUUAUAAAAUUGUUUGGUGCUCUGACUCCUCUAGAACCUAGACUGGGUAAAAAGUUGAUUGAACCACUCACUAAUUUAAUCCACAGUACCUCAGCGAUGUCACUUCUGUAUGAAUGCAUUAACACUGUGAUAGCUGUUCUGAUUUCUAUAUCAUCUGGGAUGCCUAAUCAUUCUGCAUCAAUUCAGCUUUGUGUUCAAAAGUUACGAAUUCUUAUUGAAGAUUCUGACCAAAAUUUAAAAUAUUUAGGCCUCUUGGCAAUGUCAAAAAUUUUAAAAACUCACCCUAAAAGCGUUCAAGCCCACAAGGAUUUAGUUUUACAAUGCCUGGAUGAUAAAGAUGAGUCAAUACGUCUACGAGCUCUAGACCUAUUGUACGGGAUGGUUUCAAAGAAAAAUUUAAUGGAAAUAGUGAAAAAGUUGAUGUCUCAUAUGGAUAAAGCUGAAGGAGCUCAAUAUCGUGAUGAAUUGCUUUCUAAAAUUAUUGAUAUUUGUUCACAAAACAAUUAUCAAUAUAUUACAAAUUUUGAAUGGUAUGUAAGUAUACUGGUGGAAUUGACAAGGAUUGAUGGAACUAAACAUGGCUCUGUGAUAGCAUCACAAAUGCUUGAUGUUGCUAUUAGAGUCCAAGCAAUCAGAAAUUUUGCUGUUUCUCAAAUGGCCAUUUUACUGAAGAAUGCUCAGUUUCUUCAAGGAAACUCUGACAGGAAUAGCAUUGCUGAAGUACUUUAUGCAGCUGCUUGGAUUUGUGGUGAAUUUUCCGAAAUGCUUAGUUCCCCUCUCGGUACUCUAGAAGCAAUGAUGGAUACGAAAGUAAUGUUCCUUCCUUCACAUAUACAAAGUAUUUUGGUACAAAAUGCUGCAAAAUUGUAUGCUCGUGUUAUUGAAAUCUGUGAGUCAGAAGAUGAUACAGAAAGUGCCUCUGCUGCUUCAAAUUUGCUACUUGAUAAAAUGCCUAUGUUCGUCCAAAGCGCUGACUUAGAAGUGCAGGAAAGAGCUUGUUGUGUAUUGAAUUUGGUUAAACAAAUAGUCAAGCUUCAAGGAAAAGGUGAAAAGGUAGCUUGUGAAUUGCUCUCUUUAUUUGCUGGAGAAUUGAAUCCUGUAGCUCCAAAAGCUCAGAAAAAAGUGCCGAUCCCCGAAGGACUAGAUUUGGAUGCUUGGAUUAAUGAGCCUCCGUCUGAAGCUUCAUCUGAAGAAGGCAGUGGGGAUACUUUCUCAAAAUAUGAUAAACAAAUGCCCGACAAGAUUAAGCCUUCAUCAAAAACCUACGAACCAACAGAGGAAGAAUUGAUGAAGAGGAAAGAAGCUAGAAUGUUUGAACAAGCUAAUAAUCCUCAUUACUUGAAAAGUAACGAUAAAGUUGGAGAUAAAAAUGCUGAUGAUAUACCCGUGGUACGAUUUCAUUUGAAUGUGCCACUCCAGAUUCAAGGUUUGUCCUCAUCAGAGAAGCACAGUUAUAAGGAUAAUGGUAUAUCCAGUAAAAAACAACGAAAGGUGAAGCGAAAAAAGAAAAGUAAAAGUUCAAAAGCCCAUACGGAGAGUGAAGAAGAUGUUCCUCCUGUACAUGUUGUAAAUAUAAUCGAAGGAGAAAUGCCCGAUGGGGCUAGGUCCAGUGAGGAGGAUGAAAUAAAUCCUGAUGAUCCUCACAGAGCCUUGGAUAUUGAUUUAGAAGAGCCUGUCAAUAAUGUUGAAAUGGUUCCAGUAAAUAAUGUGCCUGAAACAAUAAGCAAUGGGACUGAAAAUGUGCCUCAUAAACAUAAAUCAAGGAAAAAUAAGAAAGAUAAGGAUAAACACAAAAAAAGUAAAGACUCCUCUGGUCAUAAAAGCAAAAGGCAUAAAAAAGAAAGGAAAAGAAAAGAUAGUCAAAGAGCAAGAACAGAAUCGCAACACGAUCAGACAGACCAGACUAAAGAUAAAGCAGAAUAUGAAGAAGCUCCUGGAAUAGUAACACCCUCUAAAGAACGCUUUAUUUCUCCCAUCACACCAAUGACGCCUUCAUUAUCAAUAGUGCCUGUAUGUAAAACCCUAGCAAAGGACAAUAACAUUAUAAUUACAUAUGAGCCAAGAAUCCUUCCUGACAGUAAAGAUGAGCUGUUAAUUGUAAUGGUCAUAAGUAAUGUUAGCAGUUGUGUUCUGAAAGAUGUUGAAAUUAGCAUCAUUGAAACUGUAAACUUAAAGAUAGUAAAGGAGAAAGAAGAUGAGAUGAAUGGGAAACUACCUUCGGUUAUUCUUCCUGGUACAUCACCUGAAUAUCACGUUACUUUGUCUGUGGAUAACAUUGCAUUAAAUCAGACAGUUAGAGGAUCAUUUACAUACAUUGUUAAGGAUACAUCAUCUACAAGUCUUGAAAUGUUAGACUUUAAGCUCAAUAUUCCUGCUUCAACAUUUAUGAUUGGGGAAAUGCAUCCUGGGGACACAAGAGAUACGUUUACAGAAUUACUUAGCAGCAAUGAUCUUAGUGCUAGAGAUUCUGUCAUGAUUGAUGUGCAGCAAUAUGAUUUUAGGCAUAUUCUUGCAAAAAUUUGUUUUCAUUGUCAUUUCUUUGUUGUUGAGCAAUAUGGUAUUAGCGCCUCUUUAUAUAGUCAUUCUACCCAAGAUGACCAUGUAUGCCUUCUAGUCAAACUUGUGAAACCACAUCAUAUAGCUGUUGAAGCUAAGGGAUCAAAUUCUACUUUGAUAACUUGCCUAUUAGAAGAAAUAAAGGGCUUAUUUUCUGAAACAGAAGGAGAAACCCAUUAACAAUGAUUUUAAAGACUUUUGAAAACAUUAGACAAGAUUCAUUUUCCCCCCCUUUUUUGUCCACAGAAUGUAGUUUCUACACUAAAUCUUGUUAUAUACCGCAAUGCUUGAAGAAUCAUUCCAAUUGAAUCGUAUGUUUUUUAAUAUUACUUUAAUUUAUAUAUGAAAUAAGUGAAUUAUUUCAAAUAAUGUAGUUUGCUUCAAACACGUUUGUAAAUUAUGUAUUUCUGAAUUAUGAAAUGUGGUUUAUAUAUAUGUAUGUAUUUUUAGACUUAAAAUCUUAUUUUUCAAAGAAUAUAGCGAAUGAAUUUUUAUAAUUGUAAGGCUUUACAUCGUUAAAGCAUAUUUUAUUCACAGAAGAUAGAUUAUACUUCAUAAUUUUUUUUAUUAAUAACUGUUUAUUUUAUUUAAUAUUAUUACGUACUUAAAAUUCUUUUGUGUGAAAGAUGCUGGAACAUCGAAAGUUUUAAUUUUCCUGAUCGUAUUAAUCGGCCAUUGAUUGUGUAAUAUAAAUAAAAAUCCAAAGCAAUUUUAUUUUAAAAUCUUUUGUUUUUAAGGUUUAUUAAACUGUGGGACAUUUUCAUGAAUAUAGUGUGUGUUUUUUUAUUUUAUUUUAAUCUAUGUUGUUGCUCGAAACUUAUGCAGUUAAAUGCCAUUCUGUGUAAACCAUUUAAUAUUGUUUAAAAUUUUGUACAUAAAUUAUUGUAAUA